AUGGGCAGAAAGAACAACGUUUCAUCGUCGAACGCGCCGCCUCCCCCAGCGCCUGAGCCAGGGCAGCCCGAGGGCGAGGCUCCACAGCCACGGCCACCAGUGCAAGUCCUAUAUUGCGGAGUAUGCACGUACCCCAUCGAGUACUGCGAAUUCGGAUCGAGCUUGACCAAAUGCAAGGAAUGGCUGAAGGAAGAACAUCCUGAGCAGUUUGACAAAUACUAUUCAGAAGAGGCAUUACAAGCGAAGAUAGGAACACUGAGUCUAGAGGCGCAGACAAAGCUGGAAAAGGAUACAGCCAAAGCCGAGGCGAAAGCAGAAGCGAAAGCAGAUGCAGCGCUGAAGAAAAAGAUGUCCUCGCAGAUAACCAUCAAACGAAUCGAAAGGAACAAACGCAAGCAUAUUACGGCUGUGCAUGGCCUGGAAGCGUUUGGGAUUGAUUUGAAGAAAGCGGCCAAGCAAUUCGCAUCCAAAUUUGCCACCGGGGCAAGCGUUACGAAGAACGCGCAAGGGCUGGACGAGGUUGUGGUCCAGGGAGAUGUGAGUGAUGAGAUCGUGGAUAUGAUUGAGCAGGAGGCUGGUGUGUUGAAGGGAAUCCCGGUGGAUAACGUGGAGAUUGUGGAAGAAAAGAAGAAAAAGGGAGGAGAAUAG